AUGGCUUCUCCUCAGGUCAUCCGUACCCCGAUCACCGAUCUUUUGAAGAUCAACCACCCCGUCCUGCUUGCAGGCAUGAACGUGGCCGCCGGCCCUAAGCUGGCGGCCGCAGUCACCAACGCUGGUGGUCUCGGUGUUAUCGGCGGUGUCGGCUAUACUCCUGACAUGCUCAAGGAGCAGAUCGCUGAGUUGAAGAGCUUCCUCAAUGACAAGAACGCACCUUUCGGUGUUGACUUGCUUCUUCCCCAGGUUGGCGGUAGUGCCCGGAAGACCAACUAUGAUUACACCAAGGGCAAGCUCGGCGAGCUUGUUGAUAUCAUCAUCAGCAGCGGCGCCAAGCUCUUCGUCUCCGCCGUCGGUGUCCCCCCCAAGGCCAUUGUCGACAAGCUGCACGGGGCUGGUAUCCUUUGCAUGAACAUGAUCGGUCACCCCAAGCACGUCCAGAAGGCCCUCGAUGUCGGUAUCGAUAUCAUCUGCGCCCAGGGUGGCGAGGGUGGUGGUCACACCGGCGAUGUCCCCACCACCAUCCUCAUUCCCACCGUUGCUAAGCUGGUCCAGGGCAAGAAGAGCCCUCUGACCGGCGGGCCUGUCCAGGUCAUCGCUGCCGGUGGUCUCUAUAACGGCAACUCCGUUGCCGCCGCCCUGAUGCUCGGUGCCUCAGCGGUGUGGAUUGGCACCCGCUUCAUCCUGGCUGAUGAGGCCGGUGCCCCGGUUGCUCACCAAGAGGCUGUCCGCACUGCCGGCUUCGAGGACAAUGUCCGUACCAUCAUCUUUACCGGUCGUCCCCUGCGUGUCCGCAAGAACGAUUACAUUAUGAACUGGGAGAACAACCGACAGGACGAGAUCAAGCAGCUGACUGCCAAGGGUAUCAUUCCUGUCGAGCACGACUUUGAGAAUUUGCCCGAUGAUGUUGAUGAUGAUACCCUCGACAAUGCUCGUCCUUUCCUGAUGGGCAAGGUUUCUGCCGUCGUGAACGAGAAGAAGUCUGCUAAGGCCAUCGUGGACGAGCUUGUCACUGAUGCUGCCGCUCUCCUCAAGAAGGGCAACCAGAUGACUGCCAAGUUGUAA